CAUCUCAGCAUCUCUGACACACACACACACACACACACACACACAGAGUGUGUGUGAGUGUGAGUGAGAGAGAGUGUGAACGAGAGAGAAAGAGAGAGAGUGAGCGAGAGAGAGAGAGUGAGAGAAAGAGAGAGAGAGAGAGAGAGAGAGAGAGAGACUGAGUGUGUGAGAGAGAGAGUGAGAGAGAGGGGGGAGUGUGUGUGUGUGAGAGAGAGAGAGUGUGUGUGUGUGUGUGUGUGUGAGAGAGAGAGAGAGAGAGAGAGAGAGAGAGAGCAGUAAAAGCACCAGAGCACAUCACUGACUGCAUGCCCACACCUCUGGCAAGACUGACGGAUUCUCCUUGUUUUUAUUUUUUGUUGUUAUUGUUGACGCCAAUCUCUUUUUGGAUUCGCUUUUUACUACGUUAUUCGUGCUUUUUUUAUUUAUUUUAAAACGCAUCCAGUGGUAUGAUUUUCCGAGUGCUACCUUGAUGCGCAGCACAUUAAAGGAUAUACAGAAGCAGCCAUUACUGCAGCUCUUGUUUUCUCACAUUUUGGUGGGCAAAACUGUGCGGGAGUGGACUAAAAGAAUUCUGGAAGAAGGAAAGAGCUCAUUCAGUUAUUCUCCACCCAGACACCAUUGUUGUCUAGGCUGAGCACCAUUUCAUAUUUUGAUGCUGACCUUACACUAAGCCUGGUAUCUGGGUCUCCAAUUUUGGAAGCAGUGAGGCAAGAUCCUCAGCUCCAGUACCAGACAUAUUCUGUGCAUUUUCUGUGAGGACUCUGCACAUCCAUCUUUGGCAUCAUGGGAACCGUCUUGUCGCUCUCUCCCAGCUACCGGAAGGCUGCCCUGUUUGAGGAUGGUCCAGCCACAGUGGGCCCCUACACAGCUGUUCAAAACAGCAAGAACGCCAAAGACAAGAAUUUGAAGCGUCACUCGCUCAUCAAUGUGUUACCAUGGAAGCGGAUAGUAGCUGUUUCGACCAAGAAAAAGGGUUCUAAGAAGGUGCAGCCCAAUACGACUUACCAGAACAACGUCACCCAUCUGAACAAUGAGAAUCUGAAGAAGUCACAGUCCUGUGCCAACCUCUCCACAUUCACCCAGGAGCAGUCAAGCCCAUCCAACCAAGGCUCUAAAAGCUCUAACAAUGUGGCUUCAUCUGUCAAGAAAGCACCCUUGUCCAACUCUAGUGUGGCUCCUGGUACACCCAAGAGGGUGAUCGUUCAAGCCUCGACCAGCGAGCUGCUGCGCUGCCUCGGUGAAUUCCUGUGCCGGAGGUGCUACCGCCUCAAGCACCUUUCUCCUACUGACCCAGUGUUAUGGCUGCGCAGUGUAGACCGUUCCUUGCUGCUGCAAGGCUGGCAGGACCAAGGUUUCAUCACUCCAGCUAACGUUGUCUUUGUUUACAUGCUCUGUCGAGAUGUGGUCUCUUCAGAACUAGCUACAGAACACGAGCUGCAGGCAGUACUUCUUACCUGUCUCUACUUGUCCUACUCCUACAUGGGCAAUGAAAUCUCCUAUCCUCUCAAGCCAUUCCUGGUGGAAAGCUCAAAGGAAACCUUCUGGGACCGCUGUCUGUCCAUAAUCAACCUGAUGAGUGCCAAGAUGCUGCAGAUCAACUCAGACCCACACUACUUCACCCAGGUGUUUGCAGACCUCAAGAACGAGAGCCAGAAGGAAGAGGAGAGGAGCCGUUUACUCAUUGGGCUAGACCGGUGAGGGAACCCUGAAGAGUAUAAUGUGUGAUUGCACCCUAGUCUGGCAUUUUUAAAUGAGAUUCCAAAAGUUUAAGUAGACAGCAGUCUCUAUAUUAUGAGAAUGCAUUUAAUACGUAUUAAAUCUAUACAAAUGUACCCUUUUCAAGGUAUGAAUAAUCAUUACUAUGUUCAGAUGUUACAAAAGCUACUUAAUUUGACUAAUUUGAUCUUAAAGUUCCACCAGGUUUGUAUAUGAUCAAGGUUCAGGACAGACAUGCCAGACCUGGGUGCACCCAAGUAGUCUUGUAUGAUUAGUAUUUAAAUUCACCCACAAAAAAUAAAAAUAAAAAAAUUAAAAAAUCAUGAAGAUCAAAAAACAGAAAAACACAACAAAGAAAACAGUAGGAGUAGGAACAUCGAUUUACAAGUAUGAAUGUGUAAACGCCUGACUGGUUACAGAGAACUGGAGAUGUGCAUUGCCUUUUGUGUAAUGGUGUCUUACCAGACUGGUUCGCUGAGGACAGUGAGGACUGAGACUGUGACUUCGAGGCAGAGGACAUCACACCCACACUGCAGUCACGCAGUUGGAUACUCAUUAAAUAAUACACACUUUGGCUUUAGUAGCAGUAUGUAUACAUAUGUCUUGUGAUGACAGAAGGGGAGCUCCAGUGAUACAUAUAUUUUAUGGAUGAAUUUUGACAUUGUGGCAGCACUGUACAGCGAGGUUUCAUCAAAAGACAAUGCGAGGUGAAAGGUGUUAGGUACACUGCUGUAAAAGGCCUACUUUAUUUUCAUCAAUAUGGAAUUCAGUUCUACUCUGCAGUGCAACUCUGGGGCUCAAUCCAUUUAUUUACUUGUUUCUUUUUUUACUCGGAAAUGUAACCGAAUGCAUGUGUUCCAUGCAAUUUUGUAUGGUGUUUUGAGGGUAAAAAUAUUUUUUUUAUUUAAUUCCACUGAAUCUUUAGAACCAACUGCAUCUGCAAAUACGGAAUGCCGUUUUUAUUUAUUUAUUUAUUUAUUUUUAAAUGUAUGUUUAUUUAGCUAUGCUUGCUACAGUGAGCCAUGAUUGUACAAAGUAUCUUUUGUUGUUUUGUGUCACAUUGUGUCACCGUCUAGUUGGGCAAGGAUCCAUAUAGACAAAAAAAAAGCUUAAUGUAAAACCAGUGCCAUACCUUUGAUGAAAAUCACGUAGGUCUAAAAAGAUACACCAAAGGGGGGGG